UAGUCUUGAGACGGCAUUGGUGAAUAACUUUGACCUUUUUAAGUGCGUCUAGAUUUACUUGUUAAACUUACAGGAUCCGGAAAGGAUUUGAGACAUCAGUGUUCCGUGUAAACGCGCCCUCCUUCUACGGACGGAUUUUCUGUUUUUAUGCCGGCUCUUCUGUUUUGUGGUUAUUCCAUGGUGUUCAGGUCUCCUUUAGAGCUCUAUCCCUCCCAUUUCUUCCUGCCAAACUUCGCGGACCGCUCUGCGCUCCUCGCUAGCAGCGCAGCCGGCAGCAGAGCUCCAGAAGAGUUGUCCAUGUUCCAGCUUCCUACUCUCAACUUCUCACCGGAGCAGGUGGCGAGCGUCUGCGAGACGCUGGAGGAGACGGGCGACAUUGAAAGACUUGGACGCUUCUUGUGGUCCCUGCCUGUGGCUCCUGGAGCGUGCGAGGCUAUCAACAAACAUGAGUCCAUCCUGCGCGCCCGGGCCGUGGUGGCUUUUCACACUGGCAACUUCAGGGACCUCUACCACAUCUUGGAAAAUCAUAAAUUCACCAAGGACUCUCACGGAAAGCUGCAAGCCAUGUGGCUGGAGGCGCACUACCAGGAGGCCGAAAAACUAAGGGGUCGCCCUUUAGGACCUGUCGAUAAGUACCGUGUACGAAAGAAGUUCCCACUACCUCGAACGAUCUGGGACGGAGAACAGAAGACUCACUGCUUCAAAGAGCGGACACGUAGUCUAUUGAGGGAAUGGUACCUGCAGGACCCCUACCCUAAUCCCAGUAAGAAAAGGGAACUGGCCCAGGCCACUGGACUGACCCCCACACAAGUGGGCAACUGGUUUAAAAAUCGCAGGCAAAGAGACAGGGCAGCAGCGGCCAAGAACAGGCUACAGCACCAGGCGAUAGGGCAGAAUGGUAUGAGGUCGCUUUCAGAAUCCGGCUGCACCCCUCACAGUUCGGCAGAAUCUCCGUCCACAGCAGCCAGUCCGACCACUAGCGUGUCCAGUAUGACAGAGCGGGUAGAGACUGGCGCAUCCAUCCUUUCUGUAACCUCCAGCGACUCGGAAUGUGAUGUAUGAUAAAAAAAAGGAAUAUGGACAAUGAAAACACAAAGAAACUCUGAGACUUUUAAAUAUAUUUCGGGAAAAAAAGACAAGCAUUCAUUGUUAAGAAAAAAAAGGACAAGCACGUCUUACCCGGGCGCAUUCAAAUGGACGCACAUCCCUCUUCCUUCACUAUACCUGCAUGAUAUAUAUAUAUAUAUAUAUUUUUUUUUUUGUAUCUGGGGAAAAUAUUCUACGUUCAAUAUUUUUACAAAGAGCUCCAAGAAGAGGGAAUAACGAGACGUUUUUCGCCCUUUUGAUCUCUCUUGUUUUAGUCCAAGUGAUGAUGAUGAUGACGGUCAGUCGCGAUACAGCCUCCCUUGUUGGUUUGUUUUUCUGUUCAGCAGACAAUCAUUUGAUUCGUAAGCACCUUUUCUAACACGUCUGUCACUGCCUGUGUGGGUACUGGUUAAAUGUGGAACCGAAUAGUUCUGACUGUAACAAAUUUUUAUUUUUAUUUUAAGAUUUUAUAUGAAUUAUGUAUAUCUUAAAUGAUCCGAUCUUUUCCCAAUUUGUAAUAUAUGUGUAGAGCUCCGCUUGUAUAUGAUAAUGCUCUGGCUCUUUCUCUCUUUCUUCGUUUAGUUCUGCUUUUCUCUUUGUUUUUCAGCUUUGUCACUUUUCUGGCCCCGAUGUUCAUGCAUAAAAUAGUUGUCAAAAAGUCUGACCAAGUGCUAUAGGCUUUCUCUUUUCUUUCUUUUUAAGGGGUAAAAUGGCUGUAGAAUAAGAUCGAGUGCUGUUGUACACUUUUUAUGCAAAUAAUGUCCCAGUUAAUCAUCUGCAAAGUGAAAGAAGCCUCUCACUCGUUUUCCAACUUCGCCUAGGCGCUUAUUCAGUGUUUCUUUAACUGCGUGUUACGUAAAUGUAUAAAUUUCUAAAUCAAAUACAGUAUUCCAUUUUCUUA